UCAGUCCACCAGUGUUUGCCUGCACUACUCUGUGUUUCCAGACCCAGAGAGUGAAGCAAAGCUAGAAUCAAUCACCAAAAUAGAUAAGUAGGCCAUUACUGUGUUAAAUAAGGUGAUGGUUUUGUAUGCCCCCGUUCAAACAGCCUGGCGCCAACCGUGCCCUAAACCAAGAUCCUGCCCCACCAGCCUCCGUCCCUCCCCAUAUCAAAUUGUCAACAUUUCCUUCAAUUCUCAGUGUUUCCCGGGCAUUUCCUGCCGUUGCCCGCCUGAAAUGAGUAAUGUCUAGUGCUGGGAAGAACGAAUUAGGAAUAUGGCGACAGCAAUGACUGUGGCACCAGCAAGUGUGAUGCACCUCAUCAGACAGAGGAUUAAUAGUUCACCCAAUUCAACAUUCACCAAGGACUGGUGCAGCUACACCCAGACCAGUGACUCACCACUCACCAAGACUCAUGGUGAUGCACUGGUGCAAUCACACCCAGACCAGUGACUCACCACUCACCAGGACUUAUGGUGAUGGACUGGUGCAAUCACACCCAGACCAGUGACUCACUGCUCACCAAGACUCAUGGUGGUGUACUUGUGCAGCCAUUCCCAGACCAGUGACUCACUGCUCACCAAGACUCAUGGUGGUGCACUGGUGCAGUCACACCCAGACCAGUGACUCACCACUCACCAAGACUCAUGGUGGUGCACUGGUGCAGCCACAUCUUGAUUACCAAUAUGGUGAUUUUAGUAUAGAGGAAAUAAGGCAGGAGGAAGAAGCAACAGCAGCAUCAGUGUGGUGCAUCUCAGCUCGGUGUUCACUGUUGCCUUUGUGAUUCAGCAGCCAUUCAGCUGACAGGAGGGAGCCCUGGAUGUCCUGCUGAUCACUUCUCCUGAUCAACAUGGAGGCACCAUACCUUGCUGAAGGGCCUCUGGAGUACUACCCUGGAGGCCCCUCCCACUACACUCCCCACUUAACCCACCAUGUCCCCCCACCACCACACUAUGGCCCUGUGCCACACAACCAAGGUCCUUUUCCUUCAUACCAGGACCUUCCACCACCACACUAUGGCCCUGUGCCACACAACCAAGGGUCUCUCCCCACACAUCAAGGUUUCUUGUUACCAUACUCCAGCUACAGACACAACCAAGAUGGUGUUUUUCAAAAUGGAGGUGUUGUGCCUGAUGUCCCAUAUCUGCAGCAGGAAGAUAGAUGGCAAGAAGAUGAAGAGGAGGAAGAAGAGGUGGAGGAGGAGGAGGAGGAUGACUUCCUGCCAUACAACAGCCUGGAGGAGGCCCUGGAAGAGCUAGACAUCCAACUACCACGCCUGGCUGUCGCUGCCCCACCCUCUGUCCUUCCUCCCAAGGGAGCAGGAAGGUGUCGCCUGCCUAACUUGGGAAGCUCCUCUUACAUGAAUGCCAUCUUGCAGUGCCUCUAUCACACACCAACCUUCCCUGUGUGUCUAGCUCUGGGCUGUGAGGCUCUGGAAGAAGGACAGAAACAGAAGAACUCAGUAGCACGUGCUCUCACAUUCCUCAUGACCAAGAUGGAUGAUGUGAAGCUGAUGAAAAAAGGCAUGAUGGCUUACUUCAAGGGAGUGUGUGGCCUGCGAGAUGAAGCCUUCGCCGGGGUGGAGCAGCAGGAGGCACACGACCUGUUAGCUGGGUUGCUGUUGUGGCUGCACCAGGACCUUGCUAGUUGGGACAAGCUAGACUGUGCAUGUACAAAAACUUCAUUGAGCAAACACCUGAUCAACAGCACUGCCAGACACAACAACUUCCCUCCAGGCUACACCGUUUACACAGGAGACAACCACAACAACACCAAUUACCACCACCAUCAUCAUCCCAGCAACUCCCCAUCAAAGCUGAAUGAUGCAGAUGGUGGCAGAGAGAGGAAGGUGUGCCAGAAGUGUGGUGUAGCUUACCAGCGUCGGUCCUUCAUCUCGGAUAUGUUUGAGGGCAUCCACCAGGUGGACGUGAUCUGUGCCAGGGUGGGCAUCAUCUUGCACACUGAGUAUGAAAGGUUCACAUCACUCAGUGUCCCCCUCACUACACCUGGAGAGGUCACACUUGAGGAGGCACUGCAGCAGCACUAUGGAAUGGACAUGGUCAUGUGGGACUGUGAGUACUGCAGCAAGAGUCACCUGUGCCACCGCCAGAUUCGGGUGCUGUGUUCUCCGCUUGUCCUGGUUAUUCAUCUUGGCAGGCCUGCCAAGAAACACAGUGCCAGAAUGCAGGAUGUCAAAUUUCCCAUGGAUCAUCUGACUCUUGGGGAUCACAUGGUACUUGGCAGGAAGAACAGGUCCCGCUGUCACAAGUACAGUCUGUAUGCAAUGUGCAACCUUCGUGGCAGCCACCACACUGCUGUCUGCAAGGCCAACAGAGAUCAGCGCCACCAGGGUCACUGGUUCCUGUUUGAUGAUGAGAAAGUCAGCAAGAUUUCACACUUAAAAGACACAAAAGAGGCUCACAUUUUGUUUUACAUGAGCCCAAUUGUUGAGAUGAUGCCCAAAGCAGAGCUAUGAUUGAGUCAAGUGGUGAGUGUAUGCCACCAGGCAUGUUGUAAUAUUAUAUUAGCUGUAGUAGAGGUAGUAGUACAUUGUGGAUGUGGUAGUGGUUUUCCUAAUUUCCUUUUUAUCUCCUAGAAGUGUAAAAGAGUAUAGUUACAUGUGUACUACAUGUGAGGCAGGUGUUAGUGCUGGCCCAGUAUUCCUGUAUUUCAGUCUUAUUUCUAUUCUUAUUUUAUUAUUAUUUAUUUCAGAGUACAUAAUAAUUAAUCAGGAAAAAGACAUGUAAAUGUGAUUGACAGAAAAUAACACUACAUUUUAUGGAAAAGUACACAAAUAAACAAUGUAGCAUUGAAACAGUUGUACAUCUUGAGUAUUAAGCACCAGGGAAUUUUAUUUUAUAACGAGAACAUGAGGUAAAACUUCAAAAUUAAUUAAGCCACUUCACUAUCAUUCUGAUGCACUCAUUCUCUUGUUGCUGCCACACUCUGCUACAUUGUUGAAGUGUGUCAUGCCUUCAUGGUGCUGGUGUGUCGACUGUUGACUCCUGUGAUGAUGCAACAUUCCCAUGACUAGCCUUUAUAAACAUUUCUUUAGGUAUUCUCUGCUUCUUAAUGUUCAGUUUUCAGUAAGCAAUCACUGAGUGGGCACACUGACAAAGUUUCCUGUUCAAUGAUAUUAGUCAGCAUUGUUUGAGCCCAGUAGCCUAUAGUGAUUAACUAUUUGCACAUUUUUGCCAGAUUGCCAGUGUUGCAGUGUUCACAAUGUCCUUGUCACCAAUACUGUCUUUGUCUUCUGUAUAGCAAACCACCUUUAGUUUGUCUACUUAUAUAUCAGAUAUCAGAUAAUGCGGAUAGUUUGUGGGCCUUGGAUAUUUACACAUAAGAAAGCUGGGAAAUAUGUAGUUUUAUAUUACAGAAA